ACACACCCUCUCUUCUCACCACUCACUCUCAAUUUUCCUUCACUUUCCCGAGAAACAAACACUCCCUUCUCUCCAUUCUCCUCCCCAUUCCCCAUGGCUCGUACCAAGCAAACCGCUCGCAAGUCCACCGGAGGCAAAGCCCCACGGAAGCAGCUCGCCACCAAGGCCGCCAGGAAGUCCGCUCCGGCCACCGGAGGAGUGAAGAAGCCUCACCGUUUCCGCCCUGGAACCGUCGCCCUGAGGGAGAUCAGGAAGUACCAGAAGAGUACCGAGCUUCUCAUCAGGAAGCUCCCGUUCCAGAGGCUCGUGAGGGAGAUCGCGCAGGAUUUCAAGACCGAUCUCAGGUUCCAGAGCAGCGCCGUCUCUGCGCUUCAGGAAGCCGCUGAGGCUUACCUUGUGGGUCUCUUUGAGGAUACCAAUCUCUGUGCAAUUCAUGCUAAGAGGGUUACUAUUAUGCCUAAGGACAUUCAACUUGCUCGCAGAAUUAGGGGCGAGAGGGCCUAGGUUGUUGAAAUUGUUGUUAAAUCUAGGGUUAGGGUUCUUGUUUCGAAUUGUGUUUUGGAGAAUUAUCCUCAUUCUCUUGUAGCAAUGUCUACCAUGUGUGUUUGUUUGGAAAAUGAAUGUACUUGCUUUUGUAAGAUAAAUGAAAUGAAUGUUCUCGUUUUCAAUUAA